AUGUUGCUUGACAUAUACCAGAGAAGUGUAGUUUUGUACACUGUUUUCGUCAUGAGUAAAUGGAAACACACAACAUUAACUCUAAAAGAAAAAAUAUAUGGUUUAAUGGAGAUAAACAAUGGUGCGAAUGUAUCUAAACUGGCAACAGAAAUGGAUGUUGGUAAAGCAACCAUUUGUGAGUGCAAGAAGAACCGAGAAAGAGAAAGGGGAAUUCCUUUGAGUAGAGCACUGGCUCAGAAGAACACUGUUUACCUGAACAUGUAUAUGAAUGUUGAUGAGUCUUUUAGUGCGAAUACAGGUUGGUUCGACAGAUUCAAAAAAUGUCAUGAAAUCUGUCAGCUAACAACUGGAGAGAAGGUUUCUUCUGAUAGUGAUGCAGCAAAGGAAUACUUGGGCGAGAUUGAAAAAAUUGUAAGAGAGGGAAAGUAUUCCCCCCAACAAAUUUAUAACGCUGACAAGACUGGCCUUAAUUUUAGGUCAUUGCCAACAAAAAGCCAGGAGUCAAAAGCAGAAGACCAUGCUCCUGGUUUUAAAAUGUGCAAAGAUUCUGUGACUUUAAUAGUGUGCAGCAAUGCUGCUGGUAAUCACAAGCUGCCUUUAAUGCUGGCCAGCAGAUCUCCUAGGCCCAGAGUUUUUAAAAAUUAA